CGGCCGAUCCCGUCGACGUCCCACUUCUCUCAACAUCGCACCAACCUUCUCACAGAAAACGAGCAACGAACUUCAAUUAUUGAUCAGGUGAACCAACCCAUCUCGAUACUCGAUAAUAUCUCGUUAUCUCAAUAGUAUCUCGAUCGAUCCGUAUUUCUCUGCUACCGUAUCAACAUCACCAUGGACCAGUCCUUGCCAAAGGCAUUCUCCUUUGCUCUCCAUCGUUUCUUUGGGGCGUUUGAACGAUUGGAACCAAUUGUGGAAUGGACAGUUUUGAUAGGACCAGAGUACUUCUUGGAGAGGUACAUUGUCAGCAGCAGAGCGCAAGUUUUCUUGACCAUGAUGUUGGCUUGCUAUCCAUUUGGGUUGAUUAUGCACUUGCUACCCUACGGAAGGAUUCGACACGCGUAUUCCUUUGUGGUUGGUUCUUUCUUGCUGCAGUCAUGUUGGGGUAUUCAUUGGAUCCACACUCCCGUCACCUGUUUGAUCUCCUACGCCAUGUUGAGACUCUGCCCCAGAGAUAAGGUGCAACAAGUUGUUCCGACCUUUGUCAUGUUUUACCUAGGCAUGGCUCACUUCCAGCAUCAAUACACUGUCACCAAUGUCUUGGGAUUGGACAUUUAUUUCACUGCAAGUCACAUGAUUCUGACACAAAAGAUAUACAUGUUGGCUUACAACCUGCAUGAUGGGUAUCUAAUCUCAACAAAGAAAAAAGAAAAGAUGGAUUGUGAUACUGGCAGGAAACAAGAAAAUGAUCCAACCAAGAGCAAAGCCGACCAAGAAGCAGAAGAAGCCUUGAAAGCAGCUCAAAGCUGUGCACAAUACGCUCUUAGCGAAUGCCCCUCCCUGCUGGAGUUCCUCGGAUACACCUUUUGCUUUUCAAAUGUUCUGGUUGGUCCUUCUUAUGAAUACUCGUAUUAUCGCAGUGCGUGUGAUGGAAGCAACCUCUAUAUCACCAAAGUCAAUAAGAACGACGGCACAACUACCAGAGUGCUGCGCGGGAAACAGAUACCCAGCAAUAUACUCCCAACUUUGGGCCCGCUCUUCAAAGCAUUCUUGAUGAUCUCCUUUGCCAGUAUCUUUGACCGAGCCUGCAAUUAUCGUCGUUUGUUGACACCCUGGUUCCACAACUUGACUGCAAAACAAAAGCACUUUUACAACUGGUUGACAAACUUUAUCAAUCGUUUCAAGGUAUACUUCACGUGGUGUUUUGCUGAGGGAAGCAACAACAUCUGGUAUGCCGGGUUCAAUGGAUACGAUGAAGAUGGCAACAGCCAGGGGUUUACCAUUUCCAGAGGAGCAGAUAUUUUGCAACUAGAAACGUGCGAGAGCAUCAAGGUUGGUACCAAGGCAUGGAAUACCAAGACGUCCCAGUGGCUUUUGAAAUAUGUAUACAUUCGCAAUAAGAAUCGGCUUGGAAUUGUCUACGCGGUGUCUGCCAUUUGGCAUGGAUUCUUUCCAGGCUACUACAUGCUGGCAGUCAUCAUUUGGCUCAUGUCUCAGUGCGAACGACUCGGACGGAGAAAGAUCUCACCGUACUUUUCUCCCAAGAAAUGGAGUUUCUAUGGCGUGAGCUACAUUGUCGUGUUGCACUCGUUGGGAAGCUAUGCAACUACGGCCUUUUUCUUGCGGUCGGCUGAGAACGUGAUGGACAACUGGAGAAGUCAUAACUAUUGGGGACACAUUGUCCUUGUCUUGUACUAUGUGAUUGUGUCUCAAUUUCCCGAUCCUCCACAGCACGUGGUGGCAAGCUGUCAAGCCGAAAAGAAGGCACUGGCCCAGCAGGGUGCCAAGCUGGAACUGCCGCAAACAUCUCCGCACAAGUCCAUGUCAGGUCGCUUGGGAACGGCAACUAUUGAUACAAUGAUGAUGAGGACACCUCCGAAAGAUCCAGCAAGAGUAAGGUUUACAGAUGAAACGAAGUAUCAUGAUAGCUAGCUAUGUGCUCUUCUAGGUCGGUACCCAAAAACACUUGAUAGAUGGAUUUGAUUCUGCCAAUGGCCACAAAGGGGACAAUACCGCUGACAACUACUCGUAGUCCCAGAGGAAACAAAAUGCUACGGCAAGCAAGCAAGCUAACAAACAAACUCGCAGAAAAAACUGACCACAUGGGGAUUCUGCGUUGCAGCCCCCUCUUCAUUUCGGGGCAGGAUUGCUUAGCCAACCAUCUCACGAACUACAUAGAAAUGCAAUAUUACUAAGCUAUGCUGUAGUAUUGUUGUUGUUUUC